CCUUUGAAUACCGAGUCAACCAAGAAGUCCACGAUGAUGAAUAGUGCAGAUGCAGACAUACCAAACCGGUACGUAGAAACUCCAGAGUCUCCACCAAUCCCAUUUUGUCUUGAUCCAGCACCACGAUACUGCACUUCCAUAUAUGGAGCCGCGAUUCUUUGUAUGCACGAAGAGAAAUACAAAGGCGGGAAUGAAUGGCAGACCGUAACAUAGCGGGGAGGAACCUUCUAUCCGUUAGAAACAAAGUCGAUUCACUGCCCUAUGAGGAUUUGGAGAAAGUAAAAUUACAUCUGGAUCAGAAAAGCCUGGAAUUGACAAAACCGACCAUCUGGAUGCGCAAGCGCCGAGCGAGAAAUGAGUGUCGCGAGAUUCGUGAAAAUAUUCCCCAGAGACGCGUAAAAUACUAGUCGAUUAAUGGGUUUACGAAAUGCGGUGGUGGUGAGGAAGGUGAUGAUUAUGAAGAAACAACCCAGGAGGGAUAUUCCGGAACAUGUUCGUUCGAUGGCGACGAUGUUGGAGAAUUCGUGGUCGGUGAUGUUUUCUGCGGAUUUCAUUUUAUGGAUAGGUUAAUUGGGUGGUGGAAUCGGGAGGGGAUUGAUGGGUGGUGUAGAUGAGGUAGCAGUAGCGGAAAAAGAGAAUAGCGAUGCUUAGGUAUAGGGCGAAUUUGCAAUCUAUGGAUAGGAGAA